AUGGGGUUGGUCCAUGGUCACCAAGGUCGUUUGGAACAGCUGGAACAUGAAUUAGAACGACAACGAGAGGCAGAGCAAAAUCUCAGAGAAGAGAUAGAGCGACGAAAAGAGUUAGAAGAAAAACUCUUGAAGCUAGAAUCUUCCCUUAGAAGUCGGAACUCCCGUGGCAACCGAGAAGAGUCGCCCCUGGGAGGAGAGGAUCUGUUCAAUGAGGAUAUAAUGAGGGCAAAAGUUCCAAGAAACUUCAAAAACCCUGAUAUGAACCUCUAUGACGGAACCACAAACCCGAAGCAUCAUUUAAGCAAUUUCAAAAGUCGGAUGUAUCUGGAUGAUGCUUCUGAUGCAACUCCCUGCAAAGCUUUUUCAACCACCCUGUUAAAAGCGGCGAUGAAGUGGGUUGAUAGCCUCCCUCCAAGGUCGGUUACCAGCUUUGAGGACCUCUCGAGAAAGUUCUUAAUGAGGUUCUCCAUCCAGAAGGAUAAAAUUCAAGACCUGCCCACUGAAGCAGUCAUCAUGGGGCUAGUAAAUGGACUUAGAGAAGGUCCCUUCUCGCAGUCCAUAUCAAAAAGGCACCCCACCUCCUUGAGCGAUGUACAAGAAAGAGCAGAAAAGUACAUCAACAUGGAGAAGAAUGCUAGACUACGAGAGCCGAGUUGGCGACCGGGGCACCCCCACUCAGCAAAAGAAAAAGAAAGGGAGCCCAAGAAAAAAGAGGAGGUUGGGCCCGACAGGCCGAUGAGAUAUCACUCCUAUACUCCUCUAAAAGUUUCCAUAGUAGACGUAUAUAGAGAAAUCUGUAAUACUGAAAGGUUGCCGCCCCCUAGACCCAUCAAAAACAAAAAGGGAGGAAGCCGCGACGACUACUACGAGUACCAUAAGAUGUAUGGCCACUCAACAAAUGAUUGCUACGACGUUAAAAAUGUGAUAGAAAGGUUGGCCAGGGAAGGCCGACUUGAUAUAUAUCUCAUGGAAAGGUCGGACAAUCAUGGAAAAAGAAAACAAUAUGAUGAGGACAGAAGAGACCCACUACCACAAACCCCCGAGAGACACAUACAUAUGAUCUCUGGAGGAUUUGCGGGAGGGGGACUCACUAAGUCAUCUCACAAAAGACACCUAAAGCGAGUUUACCAGGUCAGAAGCAAAGCGCCUGACCUUCCAACCAUCUCUUUCACAAAAGAGGAUGGGCAAGGGGUGAUCCCUGGGCAUGACGAUCCAGUGGUGAUAACCAUGAUCCUGGCGAAUGCCCAUCUCCACAGAACUUUAGUAGACCAAGGAAGUUCAGCGGACAUUCUUUUCAAGCCCGUGUUCGACAAACUAGGAUUAGAUGAAAAAAGAAUUAAGGGCUUACCCGGACACCUUGUAUGGACUAGGAGACAUGCCAAUACAGCCACUGGGAUACAUCCCCCUCUACACGACCUUCGAAAGGGGGGAAAACUCCAAAACCCUAAGCAUAGACUUUAUCGUCAUCGAUGUCGGGGAAUAGCAACGGUACGGGGAGACCAGAAAUUGGCAAGAAAAUGCUACAACGAAAGCUUGAACCUCCGAGGAAAGGGCAAGGAAGUUCACACCAUAGAGCUCGGGGGAAUAAAAGCUAAAGAAGAGCUGCGGCCACAACCAGGGGGAAAAACUGAAGAGAUACAGGUCGGCAAGGAAGAAGGAAAAAAUACCAACAUAGGAGCCAGCCUAGAGGAAAACUUAAAGCGUAAGUUGACAAAGCUCUUGUGA